GCCACACCCCCUCACAUAAAAAAGCACAUUGAUUUCCUCAUCUUAAUUUCCUCGUUGGUUCUAGUCUGAUUCAGUAUUGCAAUGGUGCAUAUGAUAAUUUCAGCGCUGUUGAUCUGUGGCACGGGCUUGCUUACAGCUGUUAAAGCAUCUCAGAUAGACAAUUUGUCUGCUCAACCAGGAGAGAAUGUCACUAUUUGGUGUCAACACAACUCAAACACUGGAAAGAACAUACACUGGUUCAAGCAAACAAAGAGUUCUGUACCUAUUGCCAUUGUGUACAUGAUGAUAACCUACCAGCAUAAGGAACUACAUACUACUUAUUUAAAUGGAUUUCAACAAGAUCAUCUGCUGAUGUCUCUGAACCCCGAAAACACCUCCCUACGAAUAUUAAAUGUGGAUGUUUCUGAUUCUGGUCUGUACUUCUGUGGCUGGGAUGCUUGGAUGAUGGUAUUUGGAGAUGGAACACAGCUAGACAUUAAAGUCUUUAUUUGUUGUGCAGAGAGGAGUGAAACACCACUGCAAAAUGAAACAGAAAAUACAAAUAAAGAUCUGAACAAGAACCCGAUUUCUACAAGAGACUGUUCUGAAAACAUCUUUUAUAAGCUGACCUUUAUUUUUGGUGGUAUUUUUUUUAUUCUUACCAUCAUUCUGCUCACCAUGCUCAUCAUUAAGAUCCAGAACAAAAACACACAGGGAAAAGUCUCCAUUUCUGUCGCCGCUGAUGCUGAUGGCCAUGAAACACAACAUCAUGAGGAGCCUUAUUCAUCAGUGUAUGCCGCUCUACAAUUCUCAAAACACAAAUCCAAAAGAGCAGCCAGAAAUACAGAAGAUACAGAUGUUGUGUAUUCUGCUACUAGAUAGUCCAAAAAUGGCACAGUCAAAUAUUGUAGCCUACUGUAAUGUUUAAAAGCCAUGUGUUUAUCAAGACUCUAAUAUUUAUACACUAUUACUAAUGCCAUACAUUUAAAGUGAAUGUGAGCUCUGCAAUGUUUAGUAUUUUCAAUGCAAUAAAAGCUGUAAAGA